AUGUUUAUUGAUUCUUUGCCUAAAUUAUCUGGUUCUCUACAUUUUUCGCCCUUAUUGCUAUAUUAAUAAUAUUAAUAGAUCCACCUAAUAUUUUAAAUCUUUGAUAAGACAGUAAAAGAAUUCUGUAAUAUUAUAAGGUAUGGACCAGUGAUUCAGUAAAAUUUUUGAAUUGAUCCUUUAUGGAAUGUCGAGUCUUGGUAGAGAUAUCUCAUAUUUAAGAAGCAAAAAAUGCCAAAAAAAGCACUAGAUCAAUUAUAAUCACCAAUUAUCAAAAGUUCUUAUGAUUAAAAUGAUAAACUAAUGACAUCUAGUUCAUUUAUUAUAGGGUCAUAUGAAGCUAUUGAAUAUACAACUCUUCAAACUUGUUCAUAGUCAUUCCACAUCAAUAAAUGAUAGUGUUUUCCAUAGUAAUAUUAAAUAUAGUCAUACAAGAUAAAGACUCUAAUCGCACAGCGCAACUAAACUGCCAAUAAGUUAAAGCGAAUUCCAUCUAAAAAGAAAUGAAUUAACAAUAACAGUAUGUUUAAAUGGAAUUUCUGGAAAAUAAAUGGAUGUUCAUAAAUUAUAUAAUAUCUUUAGCAAAGUGGGUUAUGUAGAUAAAAUUAUUUUACUAAGACAAUAUAUUUAGAAUAGUUGAAGUUAAAAAUUUUGCUAAAGUUAAGUACCUAAAAGAAGGUCAGGCAUAUUUCUAUUUUUAGAAUUGUCAAAAUUUACAAAUUUUUGAAAGUUCUUUAACAAUCACAUGAUAAGGAGAUGAUUCAAUUGAAGAGUUAGUUAGUCUAGUUACUUUAUAUGGAGUAUAUCACUAUGUGUUGGAUCCGAAGAUACUGACAGGCACUUAGUUAAAAAAUAAAUCCUAGAGUAAAUGCAAAUAAUAAGAUGAUGUUACUACCUCCUAGCCAAAUACUUCAUAUUUCUAAUUUGAAAAAAGUUUCCUCCAAUGCUGAAACAAUGGAAAAAUCUUUUCAGAAUAUGGUGUUGUUGAAGUAUUUUGAGAUAUAAUCCAUAGGCUGUAAAAGUCUUAUCUAUGUGUUUAAUCAAAAUGGAAACAAUAAACCAAGCUUUGGAAAUAAUGGCACUAAUGCAUAUGGAAGAAGUAGAACAUUUAAAUUUCAUUCACUAAAGCCAAAAUUUGA